AUGUCGUACUACGACCCGUCGACCGGCUACUUCCGCCCGCUUCCGGACCGCCACCACUGCGAUCGCUGGUACUGGCGCGGAAGGGGCUGCGACGGUCUCACGAGGAGCCAGCGCCUCGCCGCCAUCAUCGUCCCGUCGAUCUGCUUCCCGCUCCUCUGCCUCGUCGUCCUCUUCGCCAUCUGGAGGAUCCGCGUCCUCCGCGCUCGCGUCAACGCCGUCGAGGGAAGGCAACUCGUUACGGAAGGCGCCGUCGGAGCUCUCGAGGAGCAGCACAAGAAGAUAUACCACAAGCAUCGCAGGCAUUCGCACUCGCGCUAUCCCUACGACACGCCCUACCCGUACUCGUACCCUCCCCUCGGCAUCCAUCCGCACUACUACCGCCCUCAGCACCAUCGCUACCACGGCGGAGGAUGCGAUAGGAAGUACAUCGGAUAUUACUGA